GGGACGACGCCUGGAGCAAUGGCGGCGGCCGCGGCGGCCCGGUUGAGGCCUGAGGCGGCCGCCGGAGGGAUGCCGGGCGGGAUGAGGCCGGGGCGGAGGCGGAGGCUGAGGAAGCAGCAGGAGGAGGAGCAGGAGGAGGGGAAGGCGGCGGCGCGGGCGUGAUGUAGGCGGCGCCAUGGAGCAGGAGCCGCAGCCCCGGAGGAACCCGCGGAGGGAGGCCCAGGCCCAGGCCGGGUGGGCCGCCGCCGCCUUGCUAGGCCGGGAGAGGCAGGCGCGCGAGUACUGCCCCGGGGUGAACAACCAGCCCUACGUGUGUGAGACAGGCCACUGCUGCGGGGAGACGGGCUGCUGCAUCUAUUACUAUGAACUCUGGUGGUUCUGGCUUCUCUGGACGGUGCUGUUCCUCUUUGGCUGCUGCUGUGCUUACCGACACCGCCGGGCCAAACUGCGCUUGCAGCAGCAGCAGCGGCAGCGGGAGAUCAACCUCAUCGCCUACCACGGUGCCUGCAACUACCCCCCAUCCAUGGUGGACCUCAGGAUGCUGGCUUCCUUCAAGCUGCCUGCCUACGAGGAGGUGGCCCACCGCCCGACCACCCCUCCGCCCCCCUACAGUGCCAUCCUGGGAAGCGCCGCCAGCCGCCGGGGCUCCAGCACCUUGACGCUGACGGGCAGCUCGGAGAACUACACCAGCUGCUCCUGCGAGUCCAGCUGCCUGACCUCCCCCAGCAGCACCUCGCUCUCAGCCACAGAGGCCAGCUCCCCCAGCGAGGCCGAGAUAGACGGGGCCGGGGCCUGUGGUGGCGGCAACGCGGUGGGCAGCUGGGAACUGUCCGAAGGGCUGGACGGAACCCCCUCCGCGGCCCCGUCCCCCAGGCACGCCCUCUUCUCCUCCAACGUGGAGCUCUUUGAAGGCGACCCCCCCAGGCGGCCCUCUGACAGCGAGGAAGGUUCGGAGCCCCUGGAGGAAGGGGAGCACUCCCGGCACCGGCGCCUCACGGGGGACUCUGGGAUCGAGGUGGGGCGCGGCCAGGAGGACGAAGACGACGAGGAAGACGAGGAGGAGGAGGCCGCCCGCCUGCUUGAGAAGGGGGGCCCUUGCUCUCCCUCCGGCACUGAGGCCCGGAGCCUGUGCGGGCGGGCGGCAGAGGGGGACUCCGAGGAGCUGGCCCGCCCCGCCGGCUCCCCCUCACCAACGCUGCCUGUUUGAGGGGGCCGGUCCUGCUUGGCCCCCGCCUCCAAAACUGUGCCAGGCGGGCCAGCCUCCUCGCCAGCAAGGGCCUGCCUGCCCCCGCUGUGGUUGGUUCACUGUGGAGAACUCCCGCCUUAGCCCCAACCAACACUGCCCUCCUCCGCUGCUGCUCCCACGCUCCCCCGCCCUCUCGCCCUGCCCUGCUUAGACGGUGUGUCGGUCGUGCUCUGUCCUCCCAGCUCUGUGACCAAAGGUCUGCUUCCUCUUCCUCCCCCACAGGCAUUGGGGGGCUGCCUUGGGGCCCCACUGUGGACUUGGGGCUGGGGCAGGGGGGUGUGACUUCUGUAGCAGCUGUGUGUGUGUAUGUGUGCGUACCUGUGCGUGCGUCUCCAUAGCAUUUGGUGCGAGCUGUUGCUCUUCCUCCCAAGGGCAGGCGGGCGGGUGGACCCUUCCCCUGAGCAUCAUCACUGGGCUUGGGCUUGGCUGGCUGCAUGACUGAGGAGGGAGCGGGGGGGGGGGGGGUUCCUGCUGCGGAGGCCGGCCUUCUCCUUCUUCCCUCCCGGAUCCCCCCUCCGCUGGGCUGGGAGCGGGGAGCUGGCCUUCCCCUUUCGGUCUGCUUGAGGCAGCUUGGGUGGCCCAUGCCCUGCCCGUGCCUGGGAGGGAGCCUUGGGAGUGGGUGUGGGACGGGGCAGCGGGGCGUGCUUACUAUUAAAAAGAUGUGGAAAGA